CCUAAGUCUUCCCAAUCCAGAUUUUCUCUAAAAGUAAUGGUGCACAAAGAGGAAAAGAGAGUGAUCUUCGCUGAAGCUGGCAGCAACUUUGUUGACACUCUUUUCAGUAUCAUGACAUUCCCAUUGGCCACAAUUGUCAGGCUCCUGCAUAAAUGCCCCAAUGAAAAGCUUAAGCCGAUUGGGAGCCUAAACAACAUAUACCAGAGUCUACUGGACCUUUCUAUGAAUUCUAUGUCGGCUGAAGAAAAUAAAUGGAUGCUGCUUAAUCCCAGAACUUCAUCAUAUGAUAUAUGCAGAAAGCUUAAACUCAACAUAAAUGACCAAGAGCCGAAACUCUUUAUAUGCAAAGAUAUUGAUUGCAGCCGACGGUCUGGUGCGCGUUUUAGCAUCUGUAACCUUGCAAAAUGUGGUGUCUGUGGCAAGAUGAUGGAUCGGGAAAUCAAAUAUGAGGAUUCAACUUUGGAGGAUAAUUGUGAUGGUGGUGUGUUUGUUUCCGAUUUGGUAUCCUAUAUCGUCACUGAUGAUCUUCGUGUGAUGCCAAAUAGUCCAGGAUCUAUUAUUAAGCUGAUUUGUGAACUUGGAAUCACUGCUGCUAGCUGUUUAGAAGAAAUGGCUUUCGAUAUCGGUUUUGAUCAGAUCCUUACUCUUGUAAAAGGAGCGCUGUUAUUCAAGUGUCCGUUGACCUACAUGGUUUUUCCUAGUUCACCUGUUAUUCAAAAUUUGGUUAAUCCUAGACAUGAAACGGCGUUUAAGCCGUUCAAAUCCAAGAGUUCGAAAAGAUUAAAGUUGAAAGUCACAAUGCAAAAAUCAACAUCUAAGUUUUUGUUUGCCGAAGCAGAUUGUGAUUUUGUUGAGUUUCUUUUUGGGUUACUUGAAAUUCCUUUAGGUCAUAUGAUUGGCCAGUUAAUGAAUGGUGUUAGUCCUUUUGAGAGUUUGAACAACUUGUUUCAAAGUAUUUCAAAUAUGAGUGUUGGAGAAUACAUAAACUCACAUACUCUCAAAGACAUGCUUCUCCAACCUCAGUUGGUGCAUAGAAACCUUUCAGUAAACCAGAUUUUUCCUCUUAGUGUUUUACGCGAUACCACGAAUUAUUGCCAUUCUUAUUUGCGCCUCGGAACUUUCUCUGCAUAUAUGACACGUUUUGCGAAACGUGAAGGUCUUGAGAAAGAGAUGUUUUGUUGCUGUAACUUUAAAGACUCAAGAGUGGGUGGAAGAUAUCUGAAGACAUCCGCAAAGUUCAUUUUGACAGAUGAUAUUGUGAUUACUCCAUUGACAUCUUUCUCUUCAAUUACUUUGCUUGGUAAGCUGAAGGUUCCCUUUGAUGAUUUUGAGGAAGUGGAAGUAAGCAUUGGCAUUGAUGAGGGUUUGGAAAUCUUUGAUGCUGCUCUAAAAUCUAUGUCAGCUUUGACAGAUUCCCUACUGAAAAAAAUAAAGGAAACUGAGAACUAAUAUUCUGUUUACUAAAAUGUUUUGGUUUGAUGUUUUACUUUAUCCGAAUUGGUUGGUUAAUGCAUG